CAGGUAAACCUGUCAUGAUUGUUACUGAGUAUAUGGAAAAUGGCUCUCUGGAUAGCUUCCUGAGGAAACAUGAUGCUCAGUUCACAGUCAUCCAGCUAGUGGGAAUGCUUCGAGGAAUUGCAUCUGGCAUGAAGUACUUGUCAGAUAUGGGCUAUGUCCAUCGUGACCUGGCAGCCCGCAACAUCCUCAUCAACAGUAACCUGGUAUGCAAGGUCUCAGAUUUUGGCCUCUCCCGUGUUCUGGAGGAUGAUCCAGAAGCUGCCUACACAACAAGGGUGAGUCCGGUGAUCUGUGAAUGAUUACUAUGAAUCCUU